CAGAGGAGAAAAUUAAAGUAAUUCUACGUGCUGGAACCCAUAAACCAUGUGAACACGAUCGGGUCAUUGUCGAUGUCUCACUUGUUGUUGAUGCCAAAGUGAUUCUCCAGAACCAGAAUAUUACUUUUGAUGUGGGGCAUGCAGAGGAUUUUGGAGUUAUGAAGGUUGUGGAUAAUAUAGUCCAAGAAAUGGGCUGUGGGGAACAGUGUGAAGUGACUCUUACAUCUGACUACACCUUCACAGAUUUGGAGAAGACAUUUUUGAAAAUCGAUGAUGCAUGUUUCCACAAAAUAUUGUUUAACAUAUAUCUCCAAGAUGUCAAAAAGCUUGCAGAGUUUUGGCAAAUGUCUGAAAGUGAAAAGUUUAUUGUUGCUGAUGUGAUGAAAUAUCGUGGUAAUAAACUUCUGAAUACUGGAUUGUUGGUUCGUGCAUUCAAUUGCUACAAAAAAGCUAUUAGAAUCCUAGAGGGAAGCAUCAGUGUGACUGACCGUAACUACACCGAUCCAACGAUGCCAGAUUAUCAGUUGUCAAAACCUAGCCCACGUCAUUUAUUAGCUAUUUGCCUAUCGAACGCAGCCCACUGCCUGUAUAAAUUUGGGACAACAUGCACUGUCAAUCCAAAGAAGUCUCGAUUCGAUUACCUUUCUGCAUGUAUCAAAUGCUGUGAGCGAGCAGUCAGUCUUGAACCAAACUAUAUAAAGGCUUGGUUCCGUAUAGCCAAAGUUCAUGCUUUAUUAGGGAACUAUGAAGAAGCGCUUACAACUGGACAAAAGUGUCUUACAUCUAUCGAUAAAAACACAUAUGAUUCUAAAUGGAUUAGCGUCGAUGAACGCACAAAAGUGGAUAUCAGCAACAAGCUCAAGAAACUGCUAUCAGAAUGGCGCGCUUCAUUAGAUAGUGAAGAGAAAAUCGAAAGAUCGAUUAUUCGGGACCGAACAAUUAAAAAGUACUCAUCUUAUGGAGAUUGGUGCUAUGAUGAACUGGAUGAAAUAGAAAAAUUGCCUAUUUCAGUAUGGUCGAAUGAUCUAGCAGAGAAUAUGAUGUCUCUUCAUGAAGAGCUUGAAGCGUUUGGAGAGAAAAUGCCUGAAUUUGAGGCUUGCCGAACAAGGGGUAAAGGUCGAUUAACAACAAUUCACGAUGAAGACACCGAUGAAGACAGUUUCCAAGAAAAUGUGGCUUAA